AUGCGAAUCCAAUUCUUCCUGGUCUUCUGUGGUAUUGUGGCUCUUGCGGUGGCUGCUUAUGCCGCUGCUGCCACAACCACACCUACCGAUUCAUCCACCUCAAAUUCCACAACAACAAACUCCACAACCUCCAAUUCGACCACGACCACACCUUCCUCUACUUCGAACUCCACGACAACUCCGGCUACAUCAACCCCUUCGUCCUCCUCAACCGAUACAACCAGUAGCUCCUCCACUCCCAGUGACGACUCCUCUACCUCGACGUCCUCCACCUCCGACAACAGCAAGGAAGUGAAGAGGCUGGAGAGAAAGAUUCGCAGGCUUCGGAGGCAGAGGCGCCAGGAAGCACGACAGCUACGACGGGCAAAGCGUCAAGAGAGGCAGCAAGAAAAACGCCACGAGAGGCGCCAGCAGAGGCGUUCUGGAAAGAGGCGCAAUCGUCGUGGUUAA